CAAAAAGCCAGCGCACCCGCUGCCAAAAAGCAAUAAUAAUCCCAAGCAAACUCCAUAGACAGAGAAGAGAGAGAAGGGUCCAACGGCAAUGGGUUGAUCAAAGGCAAAAGCUUUGGUAGGCGUUUUUCUUGGUGGCAAAAUUGAAGUCACUCGAUCCAUUUUUCUUUUCGUUUUUAUUUUCUGUGUUCUGGAAGGACAUUUUUUUUCAAAAACCUUUCGGAAGGCAGCUGUUAUUGUACCUAUUUAUAGUUUCUUGGACUUGGAUAUUGUUCUUCAAUCAGUUUUGAGGUGUAAGGGCGGAGAAGUCUAUAAUUGAGUCAACUGCAAGUCUCAUAUUGGAUGACCUGAAGUUCUUGCUCAACUACUUCUGAGUUGAUAGAAGCUGCGUGCAGGUUUACUUUUCCUGGAAUAUUGAGGCGGUUUUGCGCAUUUAGGGAGAUUUGAUCUUGAAGAAUGGCGAAAUUGUCUCAUGCUGAUUCUAGAAGAAUGUAUUCUUGGUGGUGGGAUAGCCACAUUAGCCCCAAAAACUCGAAAUGGCUGCAGGAGAAUCUCACAGAUAUGGAUGCUAAAGUGAAAGCUAUGAUCAAACUUAUCGAAGAAGAUGCCGAUUCUUUUGCAAGAAGAGCAGAGAUGUACUACAAGAAACGUCCGGAGCUGAUGAAACUUGUAGAAGAGUUUUAUAGAGCAUACCGUGCAUUGGCUGAAAGGUAUGAUCAUGCGACAGGUGUGAUCCAUCAUGCUCACAAAACCAUGGCAGAAGCUUUUCCAAACCAAGUCCCUAUGGGUGGUUUUGUUGAGUAUGAUUCACCCCUUAGUAGUGCUACAGAUCCUCAAACACCCAACUCAACUCCCGUGCGUUCUCUUUUUGAGUCUGAUGAACUGCAAGACUCUGGUUCUAAGAGAAAUGGAACAACCAUAGGGGAUUCAAAUUCUGUACCAAAAGGGCUGGGAUUGAAGCAGCUCAACAAUCUCUUUGGGGGCAAUGCAAAGUUUGGUGAUGGGAAGGUGAGAAAAGGUCUAAGUUUUCACGAGUCAGGGGAGAAAGAACAAAGCUUGCAAAGCAAUGGGGCCAACAGUUUUGAAGACAAAUUGCACUCCGAUUUGGAUCAGGUGGCCCAGCAGGCCCAAAUUGAAGCCGAGAAAGAAGCAGGCAGGAUUCAGUACCAGCAGGCUUUAGAGAAGUUGUCGGAGCUGAAUUCUAGAAUCACUUGUGCGGAAGAAGAAUCUAGAAGGCUUGGCGAGAGAGCUAGCAAAGCUGAAGCAGAAGUUAAAACCUUAAUGGAGGAGCUUUCUAAAUUGGAAACUGAAAAGGAGGCUAAGCUUCUGGAAUACAGACACUGUUUGGAGAAGAUUUCUGAUUUGGAGAGUAGCCUUGCUCGUUCCCAUGAGGACACCGUGGUGCUUAGUCAAAGAGCUAUUGAAGCUGAACUGGAAGCCCAAGCAUUGAAAGAUGUUCUUGCGAAGAUAACCACUGAAAAGGACAAUGCUCUUGACCAGUACAUGCAGUCUUUGGAGACGAUAGCUAAGCUUGAGAGUAAAUUACAAUGUGCAGAGGAAGAUUCUAUAAAAUUUAAGGAAAGAUCAGAAAGAGCAGAAAGUGAGGUUGAAACUUUGAAACAAGCCAUUUCUGAAUUGAGUCAGGAGAAGGAAUUGGCAGCGAUCCAGUACCAAAAAUGCUUGGAGACCAUAUCUAGUCUGGGUGCUAAGCUCUCUUCUGUUGAGGAGGAAGCACAACGGCUCAGCUCAGAGAUUGACAAUGGCGCUGCCAAAUUGAAGGAUGCCGAAGAGCAUUGUCAUGUGUUAGAAAAAUCGAAUCAAGCUUUUCAAUCCAAGGUUGAAACUUUGACUCAGAAGACGGUUGACCAAAGUCAAGAACUUGCUGAGAAGCAGCAGGAACUGGGAAGACUAUGGACAUGCAUACAGGAAGAGCGUUUACGCUUCAUUGAGGCCGAAACUGCCUUCCAAACCCUGCAACAAUUGCAUGCCCAACUUCAAGAGGACAUAAGAUCUUUGUCCACAGAAUUAAAGCUUGAUAAUAAAAAAUUGGAAGACGAGAUCUUGAAUGUCAAAAAAGAAAACAAGAAUCUCCAGGAGCUCAAUGUAUCUUCAUCCAUGACAAUAAGGGAUCUGCAAGAAGAGAUCUCCAGCUUGAGGGACACAAAAGGGAAACUCGAGGAGGAGGUGGAGCUCCGGUUGGACGAGAGGAAUGCUCUUCAGCAAGAAAUAUACAGUCUGAAAGGCAUGUUACAGAAAGAGAAUAGCGAGAAGAAAGUUCUUCUGGAGAAAAAUUCUGUCUUGGAGAAUUCCCUAUCAGAUUUGAGUGCUGAAUUAGAAGCUAUUAGAGGGAAAUUGAAGGCUUUGGAGUGCUCCUUUCAGUCUCUCUUAGAGGAGAAAUCUAGUCUCACCAGUGAACUGCUAGUAAGAAAUGAGAACUUGGAAGAUCUCUCAACGAAGAAUGCUGUUUUGGAGAAAUCACUUUCUGAUGUGCAUGAUGAACUUCGAAACUUCAAGGAAAAAUCAACAGCCUUAGAAGGGUCAUGUCAGAUAUUAAUGAAUGUGAAAUCGGAUCUGCUUGGUGAACAGGAAAGAUUGCUCAAUCAGUUGCAGACGGCGCUGCUGAGACUGGAAAGCUUGGGAAAAAUGUAUGCAGAUAUUGAACAGAGAUACUCAGCUUUGGAGAAAGAGAAGGAAGAGCUAAUCAUAUCUUUAGACAAAGAAAAGAAUUUGCAUGCAAGUUUUGUUCAGAUGAGUAACACACAAUUGGCCGGUAUGGAAUCUGAGAUGCUUCUUUUACAAGAAGAAUGCCGGUUGAGAGCAAAAGAAAAUGAAGAAGAACUGGAUAAAGCUUUUGAUUCUCAGAUUCAGAUUUUCAUCUUGCAGAAAACUGCACAAGAUCUUGAUGGACAGAGUUCCUCUUUGCUGACUAAAUAUCACAAACUUUCCGAAGCGACUGCAUUUUCUGAGAAACUGGUUUUGGAAUUGGAACAGAGAGACCAGCAACAUGUUCUUGAGAAUUCUGUUCUUGUCACAUUGCUGAGUCAACUAAAAUCGGAGGCAGAGAAUCUCCAUGCAGAAAAGACCUCUAUUGAGCUAGAGUAUACGAGUAAAUCUAAUCAGGUUUGCAUUUUGCAGAGUGAAGCUAUUAAAAUGCAAGAGGCAAACGAAGAGAUGAAAUCAAAAAUAAAGGAGAAAGAUCGCAAUGAGAAGCUUCUAGCAGUUGAGAUUGAUAAUCUGGGAAGCAGUUUGAGGUGUUUGCAAGGAGCUUACAAUGAUUUACAGAGAGAGAACUUUGAGCUUUUAGAAGAGAAGACUUCAAUGGCAAAGGAGAUAUCUAUGCUAGAAGAGGAAAACAUUACAAUCUGUGGUGAAAUCCUCUCGUUGGAGUGCAUUUCUAUGAUUUUCAAGAACUGUGUCAGCGAGAAUUCUUUGGAAUUAAAGCUGCUUUCUGCUGAUCUUGACAAGCUCAAUGAUAUCAAUAGCGAAAAGGGUGAAAAGCUAAGCUUAGCUGAGAGGAUGGUGGAAGAGCUAAAGCUUGAAAAUCUCAAUCUGACAAUGGCAUUGCAGAGGUCCGAAGAUGAACUGAAUACCACUAGACUUAUCAAGAGUCAUUUGGAUCAUGAUAUUGAAGUGAAGAAUAUUUCAAUGUUAGAAAAAGAGCAUAAGAUUCAGGAAAUAGAGCAAAAACUGAGUCUCAUUGAGAACGAGAAGUUGGAGUUGCAUCAAAACUGGGAGAGCCUGGCAAGAGAGAGCACUAUAGCUAAAAGGACCACAGAGGAUCUAGAGAAGCAGAUAGUGGCAUUAACCAAAGAAUGUGAUUAUUUGGGGACAGAGAAUGGAAAGAUGAAAGAGCAAAAGGAAGAAUUACAUUCUGAGCUCCAAAUGCAAAUGACAGAGAUUCACACAUUAGAAUCAGAGGUGGAGGACCUGUUUGGUGAAAUGCAGAUCUCUACUUUUUUCCAUGGCUUAUAUGAGCAGAAGGUUCUUGAACUCAUGAAAGUGAUCGAAUGCCUUGAAGCUGAGAGCACGUCAAAGGAUAUCGAUAUCAAUCUUCUGAAAGAAAGAGCGAACACUAUGGAUGCUAAUAAUGAAGGUCUUAAGACUCAACUCUUGACUGUGAAUGAAAGACAUGGUGCUGAGAUUACUUCGAAGGAUAUUGAUAUUGAACUUCUGAAAAGAAGAGCAAACAAUCUGGAAGCUGAAAAUGAAGGUCUUAUGACUCAUCUGGAGAAGCUGUUUGUUGAAUUGCAUAUCUCCACUGUUUGCCAUUUUUUGUAUGAGCAGAAGGUUCAUGAAGUCAUGCAAGUGAAUACAACUUUUGCAUCUGAGAAUACUUCUAAGGAGGCCAAUAUCAAACUUCUCAAUGCAGAAAAUGAAAAUCUUAAGAGUCAACUGGCCUUGUGUCGCCCUGCUAUUGCAUCUUUGAUCCGAUGCAUAUCAUCACUGGAGAAGCACACUUAUGGGAAACUUCAAACUCCCAAUAAGGAUGUGAUUGAGGCAGUUGAAGUGGAAAAGAAGCAUACUGGUUCAGGUGAAGAGAGAAAUGCCACCGAGAUGGAUGCAUUACAAGAUCUGGUAACACGGAUUCAGGCUGUUGAGAAGAUGCUGCUCAAAUCUGAGCAGCUUGCAGUUGAGGACAACCUUAACCUCAAUGCCAAACUGCAUGCUGCAUUGAGACAGAUUGAAGAUUUAAAGGCCGAUGGAAGCCUGCUGGGUGGGGCCCACCCCAGCCGUCGCCAGCCUGAAAUUCUUGAGGGCGAAAACGGGAUAUUGACAAAAGAUAUCGUGCUCGACCAGAUAUCUGAGUCCUCACCUUAUAACAUGACCAAAAGAGAGCAACUUGAAGCUGACAGCCAACAAAUUCUUGAGUUAUGGGGAACUUCCAACGCGGCGGGCCCCACCGGUUCAGAUGCGCUGUCCGAGAAAGAAUUGGGAGUGGACAAACUGGAGCUGUCCCGGCGCCCUUCUGAUCUUCGCGAUGGAAACAAUAAAAAAGUCUUGGAGAGGCUUAACUCAGACCUCUUGCAAUUGACAAACCUACAAAUCUCUGUCAUGGUGCUGAAGAAGAAACUGGGCAUUACUGAGAACAGCAGAAGAAGUGGAAAAUUGACAGCUGAGGACGAAAACCUGAAGGCACAACUGGGCGAAGCAGAGGCUUCCAUGCAAAAGCUGUUUGACAAGAACGAGGAAGUGAGGAAGAGAUUCGAAAGCGGGCCCCACCCAGACAACGAGAGGAGAAUCUCAGAAGAAGCUCGAAGAAUGUCUGAGAGAAUCGGGCGGUUGCAGUUGGAGGUACAGAAGAUACAGUUUGUCCUGCUGGAACAUGACGAGCACAGGAAAGAGAGCGAAGGGCAAAACAGUAAAAUCUCCGAAGCGAAAAGAAGAGUUCUGCUGAGAGAUUACCUCUACGGCGGAGCCCGGCCUAGCCAGAAACAAAAGAAGAUGAAGAAGAAGUUUUGUUCAUGCAUCCAGCCUCAUACAAGAGAUGAUUAAUGCCCCAUGCAAGGAAGGUCAUGUAAUAUUAGAAUGAAAUGAUUUUUUUUACCUCUUACUCCGGGUAUCUUUUUUGUCCAUAAACCUUAAAUUUGUAGACAUUCUAUCUAGACAGACAAGAAAUGUUUGUAUUGUUAUCCAUAUGUAUUUUGUCUGCCCAGAGUUACUGCAGUAAAUUUUUGAGGCUGCAUCAAAGCUGGAACAAUAAGCUAGCUGCCUUUCUUAUGCACAUAUGUUUAAGAAUUUAUUUCUAAUAAAAAAAUUGCCAACUG